GGCGACUCCAAAGUGCUUUUCAAAAUGAAAUUUGACAAUGUCCUCUCAGAAAUCAAUGGAUUUGGUCAAUUCCAAAUAAUGAUUGUCCUGAUUCAGAGCCUCUCUCGCAUGACCCUGCCGUGUCACUUCUUACUGAAUAACUUCAUAGCUGCUGUGCCCUCUCACCGCUGUGACAUCAGCACUCUGGAUGAUGAGGGCGUCUUUGGGAAUCUGACCCAGGAGCAGAGACUGACUGUCAGUAUUCCAGUACAGGAAGAUGGGACUCCAAGCUCCUGCAAGAUGUUCCCAGAACCCCAGUUCCACCUCCUGUCCAACUUCAAUGACAGUGACCUAGCUACAGUCCCCUGUCAGAAUGGAUGGGUAUAUGACAACAGCACCUUCAAAUCCACUCUGGCUACAGAGUGGGACCUUGUAUGCGAUAGAAAAGGGAUGAACAAAGCGACAGCCACCAUUUUCUUCAUUGGAGUAAUGUGUGGGGCUCCUUUAUUCGGUUUCCUCAGUGACAGAUUCGGCCGGAGGGCAAUGCUGAUGGUGGCUUACCUAGCAACUAUGGUGUUUGCUUUUACCAGUGCCUUCUCCACCUCUUAUGUCAUGUUUUGUAUCAUGAGAUUUUUCACCGGAGUGACACUAUCUGGAAUAAGCAUAAUCUCCAUUGUACUCAGUGUGGAAUGGUUUGACAUUCAACACAGGACAUUUGCUGGAGUGAUAGUAAGCCUGGAUUGGACAGGUGGAAACAUGCUGCUAGCUAGCAUUGCAUACUUUGUGAACGACUGGAGGUGGCUGACCAUAGCAGUUACCUCGCCUCUUGUCUUGGCUGUCAUUACCUGGUGGUGGCUUCCAGAGUCUGCUAGGUGGCUCUUAGCGAAUGGAGAAAAAGAAAAAGCCCAUUUCUACCUGGAGAAAUGUGCCAAGAUGAACAACAGAUCCAAGUGUAUGGCUGAGAUCACACCACAGACCCUUACAAAUGCAGUAAGAGUUAAAGAUGAGGACAAGAAGUACGGUUUUGUGGACCUUGUGAGAACUCCAAAUAUAAGGAAACUUGCCAUUUGCACAGGAAUACUAUGGUAUGGAGUUGCGUUUACAUAUUACAGCAUCAGCUUGAACAUCACUGGGUUUGGCAUGAAUGUCUACUUCACCCAGUUCAUAUACGCUGCCAUCGAGUUGCCUGGAAAGAUUGUGGUCUAUUAUUUCUUGAACAAGUUUGGCCGAAAACCUGGACAGGUUGGGACACUGCUUUUGACUGGAGCCUGUGUCUUCAUCAACAUAUUUGUUCCUCAAGGUUUGUGGGUGUUUCGUAGCAUUGUGGGUCUUUUUGGGAAAGGCCUCUCCGAAGCAUCCUUCACAAUAAUGUUCCUUUAUACCACUGAGCUCUACCCAACAGUAGUUCGGCAGAACGGCGUUGGCUACACCUCAUUUGUGGGUCGGCUAGGCGUGUCCAUCGCUCCCCUCAUCGCCCUAUUGGACGAUGUGUGGGAGCUCCUACCUGCUGUGAUAUAUGCCUUGGUGGCUGUUGGUACCGGACUAGUGGCUUUGCUCCUCCCAGAAACACUCAAUGUUCGCCUGCCAGAGUUCCUCGAGGACAUAGACAGACCAAGAGCGGAACUGGAUGGAGAGAGUGGCAAUCCACUGAAGCAAGCUGAUGAAAACAGGAAUGGAAAUGGAACAGUUGAGGUUACAUGA